AUGGUACUACACAAGUGGGCGGUGGUGAGUAAAAGUGCCCCGCCGCCUCCCGGGCUGCGCCCCGUCGCCCGUGUGAUUCCUUCACAUCCUCGUUUGCGCCCUGCGGAUUACAAGAUCCCGUAUGUGCUGCGUACAUUUAUCAAGGACCGCUACACAAGUGACAUGCAGCACAUUGAAAACAGGGGCAUGUUUGCGGAAGAGCUGGCGAUUGAGCGAUCGAGGUUUCCACGUUUUCACAAGACUUUGACAAUCCAAACGGACGGUUCAAUUAACGAGCGGGAGUUCGAGUUUGUUGUUCCCCCCGUCGUCACGCUCUUUUAUGAUCGACUUUCAGCUCAUCGCCAGCGUCAGUUGGAGUUGGCGAAGAUUGGGAAACUGCGGAAGGAACGAAGCUGGGAGACAAAGACGGUGGGCGAGGAAUCCUCCAACCCCGUGUGCAAUGCCCUCGUCUUCCCAUAUUGUGUGCCGAAAAUGAUGUGGAAAAGGCCACGACUUGCUGAUCCGCUGAGUGCCAAGUCCCAUGUUCGAGGCUCGGGCUUAACAACGGCAGAUCAUUAG